CACACUGAGUGCAGAGCCUUUGAGAUUGAUUGCUAAAGGUUGGGUACUUUUGGCACAGUAAAAUUUGAGCCUCUGUGCUUCCCAUACACCAGAAAUACUUUGCUCCUUCUCUCAAUGUACUUUUGUACUCACUGAACACUGGGCAGUCCAGCUUUCGGCUUACCAACAAGAGCUUGAAGGGACUGGACCCUCCUCCCUGAGACAUCAUGGCCCUGACCCCAGAAUUGAACAAACAAACACAACUGAAAGAGGUAGCAGGGAUCCCACUGCAGGCUUCAACUGUGGACAACUGGAAUCAGAUUCAGACCUUCGAGGCCAAGCCAGAUGACCUCCUCAUUUGUACUUACCCUAAAUCAGGGACAACAUGGAUUCAAGAAAUCGUGGACAUGAUUGAGCAGAAUGGGGAUGUAGAGAAGUGCCGGAGAGCCAUCAUUCAACACCGGCACCCUUUUAUUGAGUGGGCACGGCCACCCCAGCCUUCAGGUGUGGACAAAGCCAAUGAGAUGCCAGCUCCAAGGAUAUUAAGGACCCAUCUUCCCACCCAGCUGCUGCCACCAUCUUUCUGGUCAAACAACUGUAAGUUCCUUUAUGUGGCUCGAAAUGCUAAAGACUGCAUGGUUUCCUACUACCACUUCUACAGGAUGAGCCAGGUGCUCCCAGAUCCAGGCACCUGGGAUGAAUAUUUUGAAACCUUCAUCAAUGGAAAAGUAAGUUGGGGAUCCUGGUUUGACCAUGUGAAAGGAUGGUGGGAAAUUCGAGACAGAUAUCAGAUUCUCUUCCUCUUCUAUGAAGAUAUGAAGAGGGACCCAAAGCAAGAAAUUCAGAAGGUGAUGCAGUUUAUGGGAAAGAAUUUGGAUGAAGAUGUGGUGGAUAAAAUAGUCCUGGAGACGUCAUUUGAGAAAAUGAAAGAGAAUCCUAUGACAAAUCGUUCUACAGUCCCCAAAUCUAUCCUGGACCAGUCCAUUUCUCCCUUCAUGAGAAAAGGAACUGUGGGUGAUUGGAAGAACCACUUUACUGUGGCCCAGAAUGAGAGGUUUGAUGAAAUCUAUAAGCAAAAGAUGGGGAGAACGUCUUUGAACUUCUGCAUGGAACUCUGAUCAAA